AUGUCGCGGGGCAAAAAGGGCAAGAGCAAGGCCAAAGGCGGCUCAGCUAAGAGCACACCGCAGCGCGCGCCUUCCAAACGCCACUCAUACCAAUCAUGGCCAGUCCAUGAGGAGACAGCCGCGUCCAAGUUCUCCCUCAAAGACGAAGCAAAAUGGAUGUCCAGUCACCGCACCGCCGCAUUUGAGGCUGGCAAGAAAUUGCGACACAUGCCCAUCGAGUUCAUAAGCGCCGGCCACCUCGAAGGCACGCUGAAGAAACUAGAUAUGCCUGAAGUAGAAACUGCUCAGGUCUCGUCUGAUUCCAGCGCUGAGUCAAUUACACCGUCCUCGCCCUCCUCCACACCCGACAACACGACAGCGAUGGCACACAUGGCGAUUCGCAGCCCCUCGCCCGCGCUCUCUGAGGCUUCUUCAUCAAGUGCCGAUGAAGUGCUAUUCAGAGGCCGUGGAAAUCAGUCAUCAACUGCGCCCAUCGCCACCUCGUCCACGCAACAGGCACCCACCGCCACGCCCGCCACGAAGCCACAGCCCUCCGAAAACGCAACAGCACGACCAUCACAACCUGAUUCUGCUACAGAAAUGCCAUCUGUUCGGACGCCUGAGCUCACAGCUACCUCAACCGUCGGCCAUGCAUCAGUGACCGCGACAGGCGACGUCCCAGUUUCGGUUGAGCUUAGCAUUCGAGGUAAUGCUACAUCUCAGCUUGAGGUUGAGGUGGGCUCAGAUGCCGACAACGUUGAUCAAGACCAGUUUGCAAAGAGGAGAGGAGGUAGACCCGCAUGGGAAGGCAAAACUACCGAGUGGCAACAUCGAAGCAAGCCAAAUGUCGGAUGGUUGCCUGGUAAUGCCCGUCCCGAUAUGGAUGCCUACCUGCGUGGCGAGGUGAACCCCCGCGACGCAGCUAUCGACGAUUAUAUGCAGAACAUGGAAGAAUUUGGUCUCACCGAAGAUCUGGUGGCUGCGUCUGGCUUCGCUCGUCGUGAAAUGGAUCUCGAUGCCGGCAGCCAUAACGACUGGGAGUCAGCUUCUGGAAGCCAGGACGACGGCAACGAAGGCCAAGGCAGCGAUAACUGGGAUUCGGACAUGCUGCAGGAUUUCGAAGACAUGAGCACAUCAUCAGACGUAAUGGACAAAGUUGUUCGGAUUCUAUCAAAGCGCACCCGCAAGAGUGGCCUCCAAUAUCUCUGCGUAUACGAAAACUCUGUUACAGACGAUGCCCGUUGGCUUUCGUACACACAUCUCAAGACCGCUGAUGAGAAGCGACUGAUUAAAGCUUUCGAGGCAGAGGUCUACGAGCGUGAGCAGCAGAUGCUUUCCAGCAGUGACUCUGAGGACGAAGAUGAGGAGGAUGAUGAUGAUGAAGACGAAGAGGACGACGACGACGACGACGAUGAUGACGAUGAAGAGUUCGACGACGAGACCAUCGCAAGGAUCUUGCAGAAGCAAGAAGAGCUUGGCCUAGGUGGUGACGAGGUGAUGUUGUACGCCGGCGACGAUUUCUUCGAUGGAUCAGGCCCUGCCAAGGACUACUCGUAUGGUGCUUACAGCAGGCCUAAUAAAAAGAAGGGACGUGGACGAGGUAACAAGGAGCCUACUUUCCCCUCGGCUUCUGCUAUGGUUGCGGCCCUUGAGAUGGACCCAUACGGCGGCUUCGAUAUUAUGGACACUGAGCGCCCAUCACUAAAGCCUAAGAAGAAGGGUCGACGUGGCCAGCCACCGCCAGAGUUGGACGAUUCUGACCUCAACGAACAACUACAGAGCGCGUGGGCAAACGACAGAGCAAAGAAGCGCCUCAAGAAGGCGGAGCGCGAGGAGUUGCGUCAACAAGGCUUGUUAGGUCGCAAGGGUAAAAGCCCCAACCUCAAGGUCAAGUACCAGGGAGGUAUCGACAUGGAGGACAUUGUCGAAGAGCUUCGUGAGUUCUUGUUGGGUGAUAUGCAGACACUGUCUCUACCGCCUAUGGAGGCCUAUCGCCGUGCCACCGUCCACCAAGCCGCUUCAUUCUUCAACUUGAACUCCCGUUCCCGUGGCGAUGGUAUGGAUAGAUUCACUAUCCUCUCCAAGACCACUCGCACUCGCACUUAUACAGACGACGAAUUUGAUAUCGCGAUUUCAAAGAAGGGCUUCGAGAAACGCCUCAAGGGUCCUCUCUAUGCCCAGGGUGGCGGUGGCCGUCCUGGAAAGUUCUCUACUGUCAAGCACAAGCAAGGUGGUGCACGUUCUCGUCCGCAACUGGGCUACAAGGAUGGCGAGACUGUUGGCGCAAACGCACCAGAGUUGGGCCCGGAAAACAAGGGUCAUGCUUUGAUGAUGAAGAUGGGAUGGUCUAAGGGCACUGCUCUCGGUACUGCCGACAACAAGGGCAUUCUGCAACCUAUCCCGCAUACUGUCAAGAUCAACAAGGCUGGUCUGCAGUGA